UUCUACAUGAAUGGAUGAAACAAGUUGGUUUAUUUGAUAGUGAAGGACUUCAUCCAGAUGAACAGAGGGUUGUGAAAAUCCUGUCGGACUGCUGAUACGAUCAACGGAGUGUGACACCGGAGAGGUUUGGUUCCGUGGACUCACCUGAAACACUCCGUCUGAUCCACAUCCUUAUAACAGCGUUAACAUUUCAGAAAAUGACAACUAAAAGCAGAUUGUUGGUUCAGAGAAUGCUGAGUGGUCUCAGAACUCACACGAUCUACUAUCAGAGCAGGAUCCUGACCUCAAGUCAAGAUUUCCUGCUGUGGAAAACCCACCAAAGAGGCCUAAGCUGCUCCCCCAGCUUCCACAAGGCACCCACCACAGGUGCCAGCAGUCUGUCAUUCAGGAGUCACACCUGUGGAGAACUGAGAUCACAGCAUGUGGGACAGAAAGUUACCCUCUGUGGAUGGGUCCAAUACCUCAGACAAGACCUGUUUGUCAUCCUGCGAGAUUUUAGUGGCAUGACACAAAUUCUAAUUCCUCAUGAAUCUCAGUCUAAGUUGAAAGCUGUGUUGCAAUGUCUCACGUCCGAGUCUGUUAUCAAAGUCACAGGAACUGUGAUACGAAGGCCAGAGGGACAAGAAAACAAGGAAAUGCCAACAGGAGAAAUCGAAGUUCUGGUUGACAAUGUGGAGGUUUUUAAUGUGUGCCAGAAGUUGCCUUUUGAAAUGAAAGACUUUGUCAAAAAAUCUGAGUUUUUGAGGAUGCAGUAUCGUUACCUGGACCUGAGGUCCUCACAGAUGCAGUACAACCUCAGACUGAGAUCUCAGCUUGUGAUGAAAAUGAGGGAAUAUCUCUGUAAUAUACACGGAUUUGUAGAUGUGGAAACUCCCACUUUGUUCAAAAGAACACCAGGGGGAGCCAAAGAGUUUGUUGUUCCAUCCAGAGAGCCGGGCCGGUUCUACUCAUUGCCCCAGAGUCCCCAGCAGUUUAAGCAGCUUCUCAUGGUGGCGGGUGUAGACAGGUACUUCCAGCUGGCUCGAUGCUACCGAGAUGAAGGCUCCAAACCAGACCGACAGCCCGAGUUCACCCAGAUAGACAUAGAAAUGUCUUUUGUGGACCAGUCGAGUAUCAUGAGCCUGGUGGAGGGUUUGUUACAGCACGCCUGGCCUGCAGAGAAAGGUCCAAUAAAGGUUCCUUUCCCAAUGCUCACAUAUGAAGAGGCCAUGAGGGACUACGGUGUGGACAAGCCUGAUACCCGAUUCGACAUGAAGCUGAUUGACAUCAGUGAGGUUUUCUCAACCACAGACGUUGAAUUCUUCAAAUCAGCCCUUAGCCAAUCAGGAGGCUCUGUUCAAGCCAUCUGUGUUCCCAGUGGAGCGAAACAUUUCAGCAGCAAAGAUUUAGAAGAACUACAUCAAGCAACCAAGACUCAGUUUUUACAGAAUUUCAGCGCGGUAUUAGUUCGGCCAGAUGGGAUAUUGAAGUCUCCGCUGAAGAAGCUGCUGUCUGACACGGCCACAAGUGAGCUGCUGCAGAGGACCGGAGCCAAACCAGGAGACCUGCUGCUGAUCUCAGCUGGGCCCCUCCACACUGUGCGUCCAUUGUUAGGUAAUCUUCGCUUGAAUUGUGCAAAAGUGCUGGAGUCUCGAGGAGUUUCUGUGCACGGCCAGUCGGUUUUCCACUUCCUGUGGGUUGUAGACUUCCCUCUCUUCCUGCCCAAAGAAGACGAUCCGGAUAACUUUGAGUCAGCCCAUCAUCCAUUUACUGCCCCACGGCCAGAGGAUAGAGACUUGCUUUAUACUGAGCCACACAAGGUACGUGGACAGCACUACGACCUGGUGCUAAAUGGCUGUGAGAUUGGAGGAGGCUCCAUCCGCAUCCACAAGGCCUCAGAACAGCUCUAUGUCUUAAAGAAUAUCUUAAAGGAGGAUCCCUCUCUUCUUUCUCAUUUAUUGGAGGCUCUGGACUCUGGAGCGCCACCACAUGGAGGCAUUGCUCUUGGUUUGGACCGGCUGCUCUCCAUCAUAGUCGGGGCUCCCAGCAUCCGUGAUGUCAUUGCCUUCCCCAAGUCGUAUAAGGGUUACGACCUCAUGACCCAUGCCCCUGAUUUGGUACCUGAGGAGGAGCUGAAGUGUUAUCACAUUUCUGUCAACUGGCCAAUGGAGAAAGGAAGAGGAGAUGAGAAGUGAGGAGAUAAAGAGUCUGUCAGCAGGAUACCAAAGAAAAGAAGAUGAGGAAGAGGAGCUCAGAUGUAAUGACUACAGUGUGAUAUAGAAGCUGAAGUCCCUCAAGGCUUUGCCAGACUCAGAGGAGAGGAGGUGGUGUUGUGUUCAUAUGUCAGCGUCUUUAAUGUAUGGAUAGAAAAUGCUAGAAGGAAACUGUCAUCAUAGACAAGCAAGACAGUAAAUAAAGAACAUCUGAAAUGUGUGUCUCACCGUAGAAGAAAUGGUUCCUGCUAAAUUUCAUUGACAGAAAAGGAAUUUUCAUCUGAUUCUAUUUAAUA